UUUGAGAGCAGCCUCGGCUGCUCAGAGCCGCGGCGGCCGCCGGAGGAGCGGGGCGGCUGCUUCUGCCUCUGCCUGGAGGAGGAGGAGGAGGAGGAGGAAGAAGAGGCUCCGACCGCCGCCUCUCCCUCCCGCCCCCCCUUUCCCCUUCCGCCCCAUACCUUUAUGGACGAGCGCCGGAGCUUGCUCCACUCUCCGGCAGCUUCUUCCGCCGGCCGGCCGCCGAGCAGCAGCCACCACAACCUGGGCUACACCGAGCAGCCGCCCCCCGCCGCCCCCCGGCCCCACGAGGAGGAAGAGGGCGAGGAGGCGGAGGAAGGCAGCAUGACCGUGGUGGGGGGGGGCGGCGGCGGAGACCCCCUGCUGGAGGAGCCGCAGCAUCCGCACCCUUUGCUGGGGGGGGACCGCUACGACCACCCUCCGCCUCCGGCCGCCGGCCCCACCGGUCACCCCGCGGGCAGCGGGGAGCACGAGUGCUGCGAGCGGGUGGUGAUCAACAUCUCCGGGCUACGGUUCGAGACCCAGCUCAAGACACUGGCGCAGUUCCCUGAGACGCUGCUGGGAGACCCCCGCAAGAGGAUGCGCUACUUCGACCCCCUCCGCAACGAGUAUUUUUUUGACCGCAACCGGCCCAGCUUCGACGCCAUCCUCUAUUACUACCAGUCAGGUGGGCGCAUCCGGCGGCCUGUCAACGUCCCCAUUGAUAUCUUCUCUGAGGAGAUUCGCUUCUACCAGCUGGGGGAGGAGGCCAUGGAGAAGUUCCGAGAGGAUGAAGGUUUCAUUCGGGAGGAGCAGCGGCCACUCCCAGACAAGGAGUUUCAGCGCCAGGUGUGGCUGCUUUUUGAAUAUCCCGAGAGCUCUGGGCCAGCCCGAGGCAUUGCCAUCGUCUCUGUCCUGGUCAUCCUUAUCUCCAUCGUCAUCUUCUGUUUGGAGACCCUGCCUGAAUUCAGGGAUGACCACGACUAUGAGGGAACUGGGGGGCCCUUCGGGACAGGCGGUGGCCCUCUCCCACCUGAUGUCUUCACCAACUCCUCGUCCUCAGCCACUUCCAUGGUGUCAUCCUUCACUGACCCUUUCUUUGUGGUGGAGACUUUGUGCAUCAUCUGGUUCUCCUUUGAGCUGCUGGUCCGCUUCUUUGCCUGCCCCAGCAAGGCCACCUUCUCCAAGAACAUCAUGAACAUCAUUGACAUUGUGGCCAUUAUCCCCUACUUCAUCACGCUGGGCACUGAGCUGGCAGAGAGGCAAGGCAAUGGCCAGCAAGCCAUGUCCCUGGCCAUCCUCCGAGUCAUCCGCUUGGUGCGGGUCUUCAGGAUCUUCAAGCUCUCCCGACACUCCAAGGGGCUGCAGAUCCUGGGGCAGACCCUCAAAGCCAGCAUGAGGGAGCUGGGCUUGCUCAUCUUCUUCCUCUUCAUCGGCGUCAUCCUCUUCUCCAGUGCUGUCUACUUCGCAGAAGCUGAUGACCCCAGUUCAGGUUUCAGUAGCAUCCCUGAUGCCUUCUGGUGGGCGGUGGUGACCAUGACCACAGUGGGCUACGGGGACAUGCACCCCAUCACCAUCGGGGGCAAGAUUGUGGGGUCUCUGUGUGCCAUCGCGGGGGUGCUAACCAUCGCUCUGCCCGUGCCCGUGAUAGUCUCCAACUUCAACUAUUUCUACCACCGGGAGACAGAAGGUGAGGAGCAAGCCCAGUACAUGCAUGUUGGGAGCUGCCAGCACCUCUCGUCUACCGAGGAGAUGAGGAAGGCACGCAGCAAUUCCACCCUCAGCAAGUCCGAGUACAUGGUGAUAGAGGAGGGGGGAAUCAACCACAGUGCAUUCAAACAGGCUGCCUUUAAGACAGGGAACUGCACAACCACAAACAAUCCCAACUGUGUGAAUAUCAAAAAGAUCUUUACGGAUGUUUAAAAACAAAACAAAACAACAGCAAAACCUGAGGAUGUGGUAAAAAAUAAUAAAUGCAAAGUGACUGUGUACUUGGUGUUGUGUGGAACAUGCACCAUCGUCAGUCUGUGUAUGCCCUUGUUUUUAUACAUUUAUUUUUUUAGAUCUUUCCUUUCUAAAGAUCUUAAAGGGAUUUAAAUUUCUCUGAAGAAAAGAGGACAGCUAACAGUUAAAGAGGUGGAAGAUGAAGACAAAGCACUCUCACUGAUGAAGCAGGUGUUUGUUCUGCAACAUGUUGCAGGGCUGCUUUUGUUUUCUUGCUUUUGGGGACAUCUUGCUUUGCUUCUGAUUUUUUUCCCCCCUUCCCUACAGGCAGCGUGGAGCCGAUUUCCCUUCCAUCACAUAAGCUCACUUGUUGGAUUAGCAGCCCUGGAUUGGGUGGGGAGACGAGGAAAACAUGUUGCAGAGCACACUGUAAGGGGGCUGGGAGGAAACAACCAUUUAAUUUUGCAGAGAGUCUCUGUUACCACAUUGUUAAAUGGUGCUUAAUAUUGAAACAUGUGGUGUGCCAUUACGGGCACAUCACAGAUUCCCUUUCCUCCCCCACUAGAUCAUUUAUGAAAUUCUAAUCUGGUCAGAGACCAAGUGCAAUCAGUUCUGACUUAAAUACAAAAAACAAAACGAAACAAAACCCACUAAUUUUCUAUUCUUAAUUCCCUUCCCCUGCAGCACUAUGGCAUUAUUCCAUCCAGCAUAAAAUUUGUGGCCGCGCAGCUGGUCUGUGUGCUCUGGGGGGAGGCAAAAGGCAAAAUUGAAUGGUUAUGGUGUGCGGGGAGCGAUGCCGGCGAGGACCAGAAGAUGCCAGCUCUGUGAUGGGCUCCUUGCUGUGGCCGUGCAGCCUCAGACCCACCAAGCUGGACAAAAAGGGAUAUUUACACCUUUUUGCAAUGCAUUUGGGAGAGAUACAGCUGCUUAUCGCAAGAAGAUUAGAGUGGCGAACACGCCUUCCAACGGAAGUCACUAAUUUGGACUGGAGUGAUGCAGUUGCCAUGGCGACUCUAGUUUCCUGGGAAACCCCAAAAGGUUGUCAUGGCAUCCUUUCUCCCAUCCCCCUUGGUUGUCGUCGUUCCUGCAAAAACCCUUCCAGAUGGUUCCAGCCCUGCCAUCCCGCAGGAUACUGUGUCUCUGCACCUCGCAGGGCACCUGUCCCUGCAUCCCCAUCCUGUUGCUGCACCCCCUUCUGCACCGUGUCCCCAUGAACCAAACACCCACCUGUAGGCAAUAAGCACACCCCAAAACUCCCCUCUUCCUCCCAGAGGAGUUCACACCUUGGCGAUGAAAUCUGGGAGCCGAGCCUCGUACUGCAGACACUAGCAGCCGCUUGGACAUAGCAGCAGCGGUGCUGCACCACCAGGAAAGAACCGUGCUUGCCCCACGCUAUAUGAAACCCCGAGGCUCCCCCAAAGCAUCCUCCAAGGGCAAGAAUGGCCCCGAGCAGCCAGCGGGAAAGCUCAGCUGGGAAAGCGUGGCAGCCUUUGGAAACAAGGGGGACAAAUGCAGAUCUAUUAAGAGCAGGAUUGAAAAGUAACCCAAACCCCGCCAGGGAAAGCGUGCCUCCUUCAUCAUUCCGUGCACACCAGGGGCCACAGGACAUCUGAUGGGAUCAGAUAACAGAAGCUUCGAAUUUAAGAGCUUCAGGACUGUGUUGAAGAAUAGAACACCUCAAAGGAAAUCACACGCAUCCCAGCCUCGACUGAUGGAAGGUCCGUCGUCCUGCACCCCAACAUGUUAAACAUUUGCUAUGUUAUCCGUGUCUUCUAACACAAGUGCAUUAUGUACCAGGGAUCAUCUUUUCAGCUGGAAGAUUAUUUUCAGAUCAUGUGCAAUAUGACGAAACUGAACAAAGCCAGAAAAAAGGCAGAGGGGAGGUGGAAAUCAUUUGGACAUUAUUUCAUU